AUGCCUCUCGAAAGUGGAGAUUAUUUCAUCCUCGCGGCCCAUACACCGGGUCACAUCUACCCCGUUGCUCGUAUGAAUGAUGCUUAUCCCCAACCGGUUCUCAAGUACAAUAAGGCCGUUCGACCCGAAAUUGCAACGUGGGAGGUCAAGUCUCUUUCUGACACCAACACGUACUAUUUAUACAACGGGGGCAAACCUGCAGCCUGCAUGAAUAAUUUUGUGUGGUUGAACGAAACACAACAGGUAUGGAGGAUUGAACCCGCCUCCGAUGAGGGAAAAUUCAUUAUCCUGUCGGAAGAUAGGAAGUUUGGAUGGGUGGCUCCCGAUGGCGAAGAUGCCAUCGAAUGUCGUGACAACGUUGAACCGUCUUUGUUUGAGAUUUAUGCUGCUGAUACAUGA